GUUGUGGGUGGGAGGGGUGAACACUGUGUUCUCAUAGUUAAAGCAAAACCAGCAGUUGAAAGAACUUCAUUGGGGAAAACCCAGGAACUGUUCAGCGAGUUGAACAGAAGUGUCUUGCAGGAACCUGCACCCAGAGCCUCUUGAACCAGCAUGGCCGGCCCUCAGGACAAAACUCUGCGGAUCGUUCUGGUGGGAAGAACUGGAAGUGGGAAGAGUGCAACGGCAAACACCAUCCUGGGGGAAAGAGUAUUUGUUUCUGAAACUUCUUCCCAGUCUGUUACCAAGGACUGUCAGCGAGCACGCAGGGCCUGGGAGGGGAGGAAGCUUCUUGUUGUGGACACCCCCGGGCUCUUUGACACCAAGGAGACACUGUCGACCACCUGUCAGGAAAUCAGUCAGUGUGUCCUCUACUCCAGCCCCGGGCCUCACGCCAUCAUCCUGGUUGUACAGCUGGGUCGCCUCACAGAUGAGGAGCGCAAAACACUUGACUUGAUCAAGGCCGUCUUUGGGGAGCCUGCUAUGAAGCACAUGAUUAUCUUGUUCACUCGCAAAGACCAAUUGGACGGUCAGGAUCUCAGUACGUUUAUAGCAAAGGCAGACAAGCACCUAAAAGACAUCAUCACAGAGUGUGACUUACGCUGCUGUGCCUUCAAUAGCAAAGAUGCAGACGAGGCUGAGAAGGAAGCUCAAGUGCAGGAGCUGGUGGGGCUGAUUGAGGCAAUGGUGCAGGAGAAUGGAGGGGCUCACUUUUCGGAUCCCAUCUACAAGUACACGGAGGAAACGUGGAAACGUGUUGAAGAGGCACUGGACAAAAUCUCUGCUGAACGAGCAGCUGAGGAAAAAUGGGUAAAAGAGAAAUAUGAUCAAGGAAAGAUAUCAAAGCAACAAAUGGAGAAAGAAAUGGCAUCCAUAAAGGAGAAAUACGAAAAGAAACUGAAAUCUGUAAAGGAAGAAGGUGAAGAAAAUAUACUUAGAGGUAUUUCCAAACAGAUUUCGAGUAUUCUUUCAAAUAUAUGGCAUAAGUUGUGGAACUGAUGCAAAUUUUAUUUUUCCUUCUUAAUUACUGUGAUUUGUCAAUGUGGUAGAUUGCAUUUUCCAAAGAUGGCUAUAAUGAUAUCCGCUACCCCAGCUCUGCUUCUUGUACUCUGUGCUGUUGCUCCUUCUGUUGUGUUAUGACAACUCUGUUCCCCCUCCUUGAAAUUCCAUGGACUCUGUGACUGCUUUGAUGAGUAGUGGCUGGACUGACUUCUGAAGUUAGACAGGGACAGUGCUGCCUUGCUCUCUGCAGUACGCACACUUAGAAGGUGGCCCCCGUGCUGUGAGGAAGCCCACGUUGCCCAUUGAGAGGCCCCAGGAAGAGGACUGGAAUCCUGGCCCCAACUUCUGCCUGCUCUUCCAUCUGCCAGUGGGACCACCUGCCAGCCGUGCAGGUGUGGGCACAGGGCAGUGGGCUCUCCAGCUGCCAGCAGAGCUGCCUCAGGGGAAGCUGCAGAGAGCAAAGCUGGGCCAUCCCCACCACGUCCCACCCAGUUUGUAGAUUCAUGAGAAAAAUAAAUGAUGCUGUUUCAAACCAC